GAAAUAGGGAGCUCCCUGCCCUUGGAAUCCUGGAGGGAAUAUUCUAAAGGAAUCCCACCCCUCCAAGGGGAAUACCAAAGCAGAGACUGGGAACCCUGCUGAAGGGCUACAAAGGGGUUUCCCUGCUGUCCAGAGGAUGGGAUAAGUCCCCUCCACCAGAUGUGUCUGGAGUAAGUGCCAGCACACAUUUACACUUACUAAGUGUCACUAAGCUAAGCAUCCGACUGCAUUUCACCCUCACUAAAGCCCUGCGCCUGUCUCCAUAGUUCAGAGAAGGAAACUGAGUCACUGAUGGUGAAGUCACUUCUCACAGCUAUAAAGUGCAGGAGUAGGCUUUAAAAGAGGGCAGUCAGAGCAGGCUCCUACCACGGGUCGGGUCGGCCUGUCUUGUUCUCACCCCCGUUCAGCCUAACCAGUUACAUUUCCCAAUUGGCCCCACUCACUGUGGAGGUGACAACUGCCUCUCCAGGCCCUGAUGCGCUGGGGGAGAAAGUGACAGGCCUGGACUCGCCCCAGCUGCCACUGCAUCGGCAAUCACAUUGAAAAUUUCCCUCUGCCUCCUGCAUGUCAUACCCUGGGGUACGCUCUCUCAGAGCCCCCUUGCGAUGACAGGACAGGGAGCAGGGAAUGGGGCUGGCCCGGAUCCCACCCCCCCAGCCUGGCUUCCACAUGCUGAGCAGGAGCAGACCACACAAAGGAGGGCUUUGAGGCGGCUCCAGCCAGGCCCAGGCUGAUCCCCUCUCCCCGCUGGCGCUUUGCUGGCCCCAAUUUGGGCCUCUGGUGAGCCUGAUUGAACAGAAACCGUGGGCCUGAGAAGUUCCUUGUGACAUACUAAUCCCAGCCUGCUGACUGGACCAAGCCCCCAGCGGAGGCAACCCAGGGCUCCCAGAGGACGCAGGAACCAGGUGGCCCCAAGGAGGAGCCGCUGACCUGGCAGGAAGAAGGCUCCCUGGAGAGACCAGGACAGGGGAAGUGGGCCUUCUUUUUCCGAGGACUCUGAGUCUUUCAGAGGCAGCAUGUCAGAAGGGGCGGGCACCUUCCGCAUGGUCCCUGAAGAGGAACGGGAGCUCCGUGCCCAGCUGGAGAGGCUUACAACCAAGGACCAUGGGCCUGUCUUUGGCCGGUGCAUCAAGCUGCCCCCCCACACCUUGAGGAAGGCCAGAGACGAGCUGAACGAGAGGGAGGAGACGCGGGAAGAGGUGGUGCGAGAGCUUCAGGAACUGGUGCGGGCGCAGGCGGACUCGGGGCAGGAGCUGGCCCGGGCUGUGGCCGAGAAGGUGCAGGGGAGGGACAGCGCCUUCUUCCUGCGCUUCAUCCGCGCGCGCAAGUUCCACGUGGGGCGUGCCUACGAGCUGCUCAGAGGCUACGUGCACUUCCGACUGCAGUACCCCGAGCUCUUCGACAGCCUGUCCCUGGAGGCCAUCCGCUGCACCAUUGAGGCUGGCUACCCUGGUGUGCUCUCCAGUCGGGACAAGUAUGGCCGAGUGGUCAUGCUCUUCAACGUUGAGAAGUGGGACUAUGAAGAAAUUACCUUCGACGAGAUCUUGCAGGCGUAUUGUUUCAUCCUGGAGAAACUACUGGAGAACGAGGAAACUCAAAUUAACGGCUUCUGCAUCGUGGAGAACUUCAAGGGCUUUACCAUGCAGCAGGCUGCCGGGCUUCGCGCUGCCGACCUCAGGAAGAUGGUGGAUAUGCUCCAGGAUUCCUUCCCAGCCCGGUUCAAAGCCAUCCACUUCAUACACCAGCCGUGGUACUUCACCACGACCUACAACGUGGUCAAGCCCUUCCUGAAGAGCAAACUGCUCCAGAGGGUCUUUGUCCACGGAGAUGACCUCUCUGGCUUCUUCCAGGAGAUUGACAAAGACAUCCUGCCCACCGACUUUGGGGGCACACUGCCCAAGUAUGACGGCAGAGUCGUUGCUGAGCAGCUCUUUGGCCCCCGGGCCCAAGCCGAGAACACCACCUUCUGA